AUGUCAUCAUGCUGCACAACGGGCCCGACACGGCGCCCAACGCCACUACUGGCGCCUCUGCUCCACCCACUGGCACCCCUACUGCCACUGGCACCCCUACUGCCUCUGGCACCCCUACUGCCACUGGCACCCCUACUGCCUCUGGCACCCACUACCUCUGGCACCCUACUGCAACUGGCACCGCUACUGCGCACGCUACUGCAACUGGCACCCUACUGCAACUGCACCCCUACUGCCACUGGCACCCUACUGCCUCUGGCACCCUACUGCAACUGGCACCCCUACGCCUCUGGCACCCCUACGGCAACUAGCACCCCUAGCACCCCUACUGCCUCUGGCACCCCUACUGCAACUGGCAACCCUAGCACCCCUACUGCCACUGGCACCCCUACUGCCACUGGCACCCCUACUGCCACUGGCACCCCUACUGCAACUGGCACCCCUACUGCAACUGGCACCCCUACUGCAACUGGCACCCCUACUACCACUGGCGCCCUUGCUCCACCCACUGGCGCCCCUGUUUCGCCCGAUGGCCGCCCCGCUGCUCUGAAAGCGCUGAAGAUGGACCCCGACGCCGAGGUCCCGGCGCCGGGCUCGGUGAAGAGCGCUCGGCGCCGCCAGAGACACAACCCGUCGAAGCAGUCGUGGCUGCUGCGGCUGUUUGAGUCGAAGCUGUUCGACGUCUCCAUGGCGAUCUCCUACCUGCACCGCUCCAAGGAGCCCGGCGUGCAGGCCUACAUCGGCAACCGGCUCUUCAGCUUCGGCCACGAGGAGGUCGACUUCUACCUGCCGCAGCUGCUCAACAUGUACAUCCACAUGGACGAGGACGUGGGGGACGCCAUCAAGCCCUAUGUGGUGCACCGCUGCAGACAGAGCAUCUCCUUCAGCCUGCAGUGCGCCUGGCUGCUGGGAGCGUACUCGUCCGACAUGCACAUCUCCACGCAGCGCCACUCUCGGGGCACCAAACUGAGGAAGCUCAUCCUAUCAGACGAGCUCAAACCUGCGGGGACGCGGGCUCGCCGAGACCCUCUGACGCUCACGCCGUUCUGCCCCGUGGCGUCCGCCGGAGAGCACGGCCUGUCGCCGUCCAAACGCACACAUCAGCGCUCCAAGUCGGACGCCACGGUCAGCAUCAGUCUGAGCAGCAACCUGAAGAGGACGGCCAGCAACCCCAAGGUGGAGAGCAGCCAGGACGAGGACAGCAGCUGCAGCUCAGACAGUCUGGAGUUUCAGACUCGUCCCCCGGUGCGUCUCGCCCCCAGAGUUCAUAAAGGUCCCUGCUGGGCAGCGGGGCGUCUUGCCAAAAGCUAA